AUGAAACGCGCGCUUCCCCUCAACACCCGCGACAGGCCCAAGAGGCCGCGCGUGUGGGACUGGGUCGAACCAGCCCCGACACACAUAUCCCUCCCCUUGUGCGCGAAAACGAAAACAACCACGCCACCGAAAACAACAACACCCCCGACACCGCCAUACACCCCCGCCGCAUCUGCUGUCGGGCGAGGAGUGCCCGGCACAAUCGACCAUCUCGCCUACCCGCAUCUGUUUGAGGCCGUGCUCCGUGCUGUCAUUGAGCGUCGCGAUGCGACGACUCUGCGAGCGCUGAGGGGCACCUCUCGGGCCGUUGCGGCGCGUAUCGACUCUGCCUUCCUCUCCGACAUCACCUAUGCGCUCGAGACGGCUGAGGCCACCGCGCCACUCAAGAUGGCCCGGCAUCGCCCGCUACCGCCCCAGAGCCGAUUGCUCGGCCUGCCAUGGCAUGGGCAGGCCGUCUCAACAGCGACGAUAGAAGUCGGACCGUGCGAGUGCCAUGCCAAGUUCACGCCGGAUACUGCGGACGCGGACGCGGACGCCGAAGCUGAAGUAGACGCCGACGCGGAUGCCGUGAUGGAAGACGAGACAUCGUCCAAGUGCCCCGCCCACGCCCACGAAGCCCGGAUCCGCGCCGACACCCUCGGUCGGCUCCAGUACGUCCGUUUCGUGGGCGACCCGCACGCGCAUGCUGCCAACUGGGCCCUGGAAGCCGAUACGGAGGUGCACGUGCUCGACAUGUUCCCUCGGAAGGGGAACGGAUGGACGAGAAUGAAUCGAGCAACGCUCGAUUCGCGGCGGAUAGCACUCCAGUCGGCCGGUUCGCCGCCGCCCGCGUGCGACACGGAGGGCGUCGAGGACGCCGAUGAUGCCGAGGAUGUCGAGGACGUCAACGAUGCCGACUCUGACGUGCCUGAUCUCGACAUUGGCGCUCCGGUUGCGCCUGUCGAGGGUGUUGGUACGCUCAGCUUGCCCCGCACACCCCACGACGAGCGCGCGGACCGACCCAGCCGCCGCGUACUCCACUUCCGCCUGCACUCCGAGUACGAGUGGCUGUUCGACUAUUGCAUGCUGCCCCCCAGCGACAUUGCGCACACCACCGUGCUCGUGUCCAAGUAUCAGGGCCGAGUGCAGCUUGAGGCGCCCGAGGAUUUCUGCUCCAUGUGCUCCGAGGCGAGCGGAUGCCGCACCGACCCCGGCAUGCUCGUGCACGUCAAGCCGGAUCCGACUCGCCACCUGUCUCCCGCCGAGGGACCACUCUUCGGGCUCAUCACGAGUCUGGCAGACGACUGGACGCAGCGCCUUCGCCACCUCCUCAAGACCCCGUAUCCCCCGCCCAUGAAUCCGCACACGGCGGGCACAAUCACGUUUGUCGGCACGGAACGGUGGGAGAACCGCUGGAUCCAGAGCCGGCCCAACGACGUCCUCUUGCCCAGCGGGUAUGCACGGGAGAAGAUCAGACAGUGCUUCUACUGGCGCUGCCUCAGUAAUGUGCAGGACGCGAUCUUGGAGAGGUUCACGGACGAAAUCGACUACACCACGCGCGAUCCGCGGAUCAAGCGCUGGUGGGAGUUCGUGUACCUCUUCAUCAACGAGGAGAGCUGUUUUCGCUUCUUGUCCAUGGACGAGUACGCCGCCGAGGUCGGGGAGAGGGAGCUCGAGCUCGUCCUGGCCGAGGACAUCUUUUAG